GUAUUGACGAUUUUUGUCACUCUCUCCCCGUCCCCCGGUUUAUUUUUCUUGGUGCCAAUUGCAGACAAGAGAGGAAAUCCGAAGCGCAACGCAGCGUUACCCUUUUUGUUAUCCGUUUCGCUAACAGUCGCCUUCUCCAACAAUUCCUCGCCGCUUCUCACGUAGGAUUUACUUGGAGGUGGUAAGAUUUCGAAAGGUUUUUGGAUUGAAGGAAGAUCUAUGGGAUACGACGCGAUGGCGAACGAAGCUUCCGUACCGGCGGCCAUCUCGAGGGAUUUCGGAAAAAAGAAGAAGGUGAACAGGUCUGCUAAGUUGAAGCAGUGCAAGCUUGAUGCUCGGCGAGAACAAUGGCUCUCGCAAGUGAAGAAUAAGGGUUGUAUAAACGGCUGCACGGGGACCAUCACUACUUCGCCUUCUCACCCGAGGAUAAGUCUUCCCAGUUCCGGUCAAGGUGUGCUGGGUAGUAGGCCUAGGAUGGUGCCUCUCGUUGAGAUGGAGCGGGAUGGUUUGGGGCUUCAGGACAGCGGUUUGGAAUCACCUGUUCAGAGUCCCUCCCCGGGUGGAAAUAUGCAGAGAAAAGAAUACUUGAGUACCAGUGGCAGUAGUGGGAGCAGUGUAGGGUCAUGUUCUAGAAGUGUCAGUGACGCUGAAGAGGACAGACAGGAAGAAGAGAAGGUGGAUGAUAAAGGUGGACUUGAUGACUGGGAGGCCGUUGCUGAUGCACUUUCCGCUGUUGGUAAUCUCUCUCGCACUAAUUCCGAUUCAUUUAAGACUGUUUUAGAUUCCAAGAUGAAUCGAUCUCACCAUAGCGAUGCUAGACUGAUUGUUGGGACCACGAAGCCAGACACAAACCGGGCAAUCCCUAGAGCCUGGAAACCGGAUGAUGCUGCACGCCCACAGUGCUUGCCCAAUCUCUCUAAACAGCGUAGUUUCCCGCUGAAUAUUGAACGCCAUUUUACUGCUUCGGGGUGGCAUCGUCAGACCAUAAUUUCAGCUCCAUCUUCAUGUCCCAUUUGUGUGGAGGAUUUUGACCUUACAGAUUCAAGCUUUCUUCCCUGUUCUUGUGGUUUCCGUAUUUGCCUUUUCUGUCACAAGAAGAUCCUGGAAGAGGGUGAUGGGAGAUGCCCUGGAUGCAGGAAGAAAUAUGAUAGGGUUGCAUGCAUGGAGAAAAGUGUUACUGGAAUAGAGCUGUCUUUGCCGCAUCUCAUUUCUCGCUCUUGUAGCAUGAAUUCAAGAUCUUAGAAAAGGGAGAGGUCUUGUUAUAUUUCUUCCCUUGUUUUUGACAUGCAUACAGCGUACUCUAGUGGUUUAUCAUGCUUUCCAGACAUUUUGCAUGUUAUCUUUUCUACAUUAAAAAAGAAAUGUGAAUAUAGUAUAAGAUUUGGAACUCUUUUGGCAGUUGCAAGAGUUUAAUAAUCUUUUUAUGCUCUAGAUUCUUGCAUUGUGUCGAUGGGAUAGGCAAUAAUUGAUGUGAAUAGAUAUGCAGAUGUGAACUUUAUACGUUGAAAUCUACUAUACGGUACAUAAUGCUAGGUUGUGACCAAGUGGCGAUGGAUAGUUGCAUUCAACUCAUGUUGUGUGGUGAUCUGUUGAAAGAAAAUCAGAUAUGGCGAUUGCCAAUUUUUUCUAAUGUAAUUGUGGGAAAAUAGUGAUGGGAAUUUGCAGAUGUGAACUUUAUACGUUGAAAUCUACUAUACGGUACAUAAUGCU